AUGGCUGUUGCUUCUUCCAACUCUCUCAUUCCCGCAAAAUCCUUACUCCCAACCCACCAUUUCCUUGUUCCUCCCUCCAACCUUAACAACCAAUGCUGCUUCCCCAACAAGCCCAGGCCCAAGCCCAAGCCCAGGCCCGUACCUUCCAUCCACGCCGCCGAUAAGUCCCCCACGCCAUCGACCUACACCAGUGAGGCAAAGUGGACCCUGGACGGGUGGAAAUCGAAGAAGGCCCUUCAACUUCCCGAAUACCCUAACAAAGAGGACCUCGAAACGGUGCUGAGGACACUGGAAGCGUUCCCUCCGAUCGUGUUCGCCGGAGAGGCUAGGAACCUGGAGGAGCGGCUAGGCGAGGCUGCCAUGGGCAAAGCUUUCCUUCUGCAAGGUGGAGACUGUGCCGAGAGCUUCAAGGAGUUUGAUGCUAACAACAUUCGUGACACCUUCAGAAUCCUUCUCCAGAUGAGCGUUGUUAUGAUGUUUGGAGGCCAAAUGCCUGUUAUAAAGGUUGGAAGAAUGGCGGGUCAAUUCGCAAAACCGAGAUCGGAACCGUUCGAGGAGAAAAACGGCGUGAAGCUGCCGAGUUAUAGAGGUGAUAAUGUGAAUGGAGAUGCAUUUGAUGAGAAGACCAGAAUUCCUGAUCCACAAAGAAUGAUUAGAGCGUAUACUCAAUCCGCAGCGACUCUUAAUCUUUUAAGAGCUUUUGCCACUGGAGGGUAUGCUGCUAUGCAAAGGGUCACCCAAUGGAAUUUGGACUUCACACAGCAUAGUGCACAAGGAGAUAAGUACCUAGAGCUUGCUCAACGUGUUGAUGAGGCCCUUGGAUUCAUGGCUGCUGCUGGCAUCACUGUUGACCAUCCUAUUAUGAAAAAAACCGAGUUCUGGACUUCACAUGAAUGUUUGUUAUUGCCCUAUGAGCAAUCACUUACACGAUUGGACUCAACUUCGGGUCUUUAUUAUGAUUGUUCGGCACACAUGCUUUGGGUUGGUGAGAGGACGAGGCAGCUUGAUGGCGCUCACGUCGAGUUUCUCAGAGGGGUUGCCAAUCCCCUAGGAAUUAAGGCAAGCGAAAAGAUGGACCCCGACGAGCUUGUUAGACUCAUUGAAAUCUUGAAUCCCAAUAACAAACCUGGAAGAAUAACUGUUAUCACCAGGAUGGGAGCUGAGAAUACGAGGGUAAAGCUUCCACAACUAAUCAGGGCAGUUCGCAGAUCCGGGCAAAUUGUGACAUGGGUCAGCGAUCCUAUGCAUGGCAACACCAUCAAGGCUCCGUGUGGACUCAAAACUCGCCCCUUCGAUGAUAUCAGGGCGGAGUUGAUAGCAUUCUUCGACGUGCAUGAACGAGAAGGAAGCCACCCGGGUGGGGUUCAUCUAGAGAUGACGGGUCAGAAUGUGACCGAAUGCAUUGGGGGGUCAAGGACGGUCACGUAUGAUGAUCUUAGCUCACGUUACCAUACACACUGUGACCCUAGGCUUAAUGCUUCACAAUCUCUCGAGCUUGCUUUCAACAUCGCUGAACGGCUCAGAAAGAGUAGGAUCAGAUCUGAUGAGCAGCCUAUUUUCUCCCUAGGACGACUGUAA